UUUGUGUGCAGUGUACAGCAUCUUCACACGGGCGAAACAGCAGUAUUAGUCAGUAGAUGAACACACAGGCAGCAAUUAGAUGGAAGCAAAGCAAGCAGACAAAGGUUAGUAGAAGGGCUCACAUGGCCACCCACCCACUAGUGUGGGUCUCCGUCGUUGUUCACGCACUGUUCAUUCGCAAUGCAUGGCAUCAUUGGCAAUGGCCACUCGCUUCGCUUUCACUCCACCCACGCAUGAACCUGUGAGCCCCCUGCUACUACAAAAAUAAUGGUAGAUUGAUAGCUGGAUAGAUCCUCACGAGUGCCCUGGUCUCUCACUCUCUAUCUCUCCAGCCAUAUAUACUCACAGGCACACAGCAAGAAGAGGAGAGGAUAACACAGGAAUCUUCAGUAUAUAUAUAUAUGUCAGGGUGUGUGCUUCUCUGAACCUUCAGCUUCAAGUGGCUUCUGCUGAGGAACAACUUCUCUCUGAUCUGCUACACAUUAGGCUUUCCUAGGUUGCAAAGCUCGGAGACUGAAGCAAUGGCGUCCCGCCGGCGAGAUCUUGGCCGCCCGCUGCUGGUCGCGCUCUGCGUCGUGGCGCUCUUCGCCGUCGGAUCGGAGUCCCACGGGCUGGAGGAUUUCGGCGAGGGGAGGACCGAGGCGACGCCGGCGAUGGCAUCCUUCUUCGGCAGCAAGCCCGAGGCCGCCGAGCUCCCGGAGGCGCUCGACGCGUCCAACGCCGCCGCCGCCGCCGCAAAGCCGGAGGCCGCGUCGGCGAUCCCGGCCACCAGAGCCACGACCGCCUCGUCCGCUGCCCCGCCUCGCCGAUCCGUGUCCGUGGCCGCCGGCGUGGCGUGCGGCGUCGCGGCGGUGGCGGUCGUCGGCGUCGCGGUCGCCGUGGCGUACGUGGUACGCGCCAGGCGCGGCGCGCGGCGCGAGUCGGAGGUCCGGCUCGGCUCGCCGUGAAGCCCCGGCUCGCCUCUCACUGCCAUGUGGGGCCCGCCUAUCAGAGGGCUCGUUGAUUAAUUACCAGGACCAUUAUUAGGGUGGUUUCCGUUUAAUUACUACGGUUGCUUAGCUUGAUUCUUUCCUUUGUCUGUGAUCUGUCAGUGUGUGUGCGAGUGUGCGUGCCAUGGAGAACACAUAAAUAAUGAUGUGGCAUGGAGUAAGUGUGAUCUGUAAUCUUUAGAUCUGCAGCCUUUGCUACUGCAUCAGAAAUUCAGGAUUUCGUUGUGCUCCCAGGAAGCACUGCUUCUAUCC